UAGUAAUGGUGUAAUCGACUUUUUCGACUUAUAAUCGAUUUGAACAAAAAUUUAUUUCAUCACCUUUGAUUUGGAAGAUAGUUUUUUUAUAUAUACCUCUUAUGAGAAGAAUAGAAAAAUCCGAGUCAUUAAAUUUUACUCUUCAAGCCUCAGUGGAGCUUCGUCAAACAAAUAUUGGUCAAGUUCAAUAAACAUUUUUUAAUCAUUAAAAAUUUUGUGGAGAUAUCUCAAAAUCAAUGUGAAAAUUAUACAAAAUAAUUUCUUCAUCGUUACGGCACAAUUUCGAAGUCGAGAAUGGAAGAAUUUAGAAUUCUUAAUAUCUUAAGAAAACGCUUAUACGACUAUUUUUCCUAUGGGGUAAACGGAAAGGAAACCCAAGAUUUCAUCAACGGUACAAUAAAUAAUAUUAUAUUUCGUUUGAGAGGGUAUGAAAAACUGAAACUAAUUAAGUUCGCAGCAUAUUUGAAGACCAUCACACGUUCAGUCAAACAACGACUCCGAAAUAAUAGGAGGUUCAAGAGUAGAUUAAGUUCGGCAAGCAGAAAUCACAUGUCACGUGAUCGCAUUGAUCUACUGACCGAGGAAACAAUUAUUUCGGAAGAAGAAUUAAUUACACAAUUGAACGUGUUUUUUAUUCAAGAACUGAAUACAACAAUCUCAAAUCCACGUCAUUGCAACUCCAAGCGUUUAAAUGGUGCUUCAGUUACACGCCUCUCCAAAUCCUCACCUAAUAUUAACAGUAGCUGUGAAAACGAAGCGAUACUAAAACGAAGUAGUAGCGCUCCUUCCAUAAUGGAAGAAGUGGGACUCAAUACCGUUGAUGAAAGUCUUGGUGUGAAAGUGGAAAUUGCUACCAUCGAAUCCAGAACUUUAUUACCAAAUGUAAAUGAUAGCAUUCCUGAAGGCGAAAAGCGUAUACAAUGCAGUAGUGCACAAAUAGCGUGCAAUAUAGUUGAUGAAGGUGCUGAUAUAGUAGCUGUUACAGAUGCUAAAGAAAAAACAAUGGCUACCAUCGAAUCAACGACUUCAUUACCAAAUCUAAGUGAUAGCAUUUCUGAAGACGAACAACGCAUACGAUGCAGUAGCGCACCCGCUUUGCUUUCACAGGCAAGCUUCAGUUCACAGCAUACCAUUCCCAUGAACCCAUCGAGUUCGGAAGAGCGUAUACCACCCGUUCCGGACAACGAAGAAGUAGUAACUCCCUCUCAUAGUAAUUUAAUUCCAUCACCUGCACACAAUUCGUCAUUUAAUCAGGUUUUAAGUACUUUGAGAAGAAAAAUUCUUCACAUUUUUGAUUUGAUACAAAGAUUGUUUUACCUGCAAUAACAAUCUUUGCCAUGUUGAGAUAAGGACAUUUUUGAUGAAAGCCGAAAGCGCAUAAUUUGGCAUUUAUGUAUGAAUAGAUUUAUCCAUAUGUAAAUGUCCGUAUAAACUGUCUCCAAUAUGAGAAAAAUUUGAAAUCUAAUUUUUCUAAAAACUAAUCAGUUUUCUGCUUUAUGUCAGAUACUUUCAUCAUAUAUCAAUAUAUCCAAGUGCACAUACAUUAUAACAACCUUUGCCAUAUUAAGAUGCGGACAUUAGUAUUUAC